AUGCCGCAGUACCAGGAGCUGCCCUGCGGCGGGCAGGUGCUCGACAUCGACGCCGCGCUCAAGGACGGCAUCCUGGGGUGCGGCCCGGAGCCCGGGGACGGGGCGCUGGGCGACGGGGGGAAGCAGCCGGUGGAGCUGAGGAAGAUGAUGGACGAGCUGGAUGCCGCUGGGGAUGGCGGCGGGGACGAGGUCGUGCCGGCGGUCUUCAUCUGCCCGAUCUCCCUGGAGCCCAUGGUGGAUCCGGUCACGCUCUGCACCGGCCAGACGUACGAGCGCGCCAACAUCUCCCGCUGGCUGGCGCUGGGCCACCGGACCUGCCCGACCACGAUGCAGGAGCUCUGGGACGACGCGCUCACCCCCAACGCCACGCUCCGCCAGCUCAUCGCCGCCUGGUUCUCCCGCCGGUACACCCGCUUCAAGAAGCGCUCGGCCGACUACCACGGCCGCGCCGCGGACCUUGUCCACGGCCUCCGCGGCACGGCCGUCCCGAGGAGGCAGCCCCUCAAGGGCCAGGCCCGCGUCGCCGCGCUCCGGGAGUUGCGCUCGCUCGCCUGCGCCCACCAGUCCGUGACCAAGGCCAUAGCGGAGGCCUGCGGCGUGUCGUUGCUGACCUCGCUUCUUGGCCCCUUCACGUCUCAUUCCGUGGGGUCCGAGGCGGUGGCCAUUCUUGUCAGCGGUGUGCCGCUCGACGCCGACGCGAAGGCGGCGCUUAUGCAGCCGGCAAAGGUGUCCCUCGUGGUGGACAUGCUCAACGAGGGCGCCGUCGACACCAAGAUCAACUGCGUCCGCCUCAUCCGCAUCCUCAUGGAGGAGAAAGGCUUCCGGCCGGAGACGGUGGCGAGCCUGAGCCUCUUGGCCGGCUCCAUGCGCCUCGUCCGGGACAAGCGGCACCAGGACGGCGUGGCCGCCGGGCUAGAGCUGCUCAAUUCCAUCUGCGCCGUGCACAGGCCGGCCAGGAGCAUGAUUGUCAGCAUUGGUGCGGUGCAGCAGCUGGUGGAGCUGCUGCCGGAGCUGGCGACGGAGUGCGUGGAGCCAGCCCUGGACAUCCUGGACGCGCUCGCCUCGGUCCCCGAAGGCAGGACGGCUCUCAAGGACUGCCCGAGGACGAUACCCAACGCCGUCCGAUUGCUGAUGAGGGUGUCCGAGGCCUGCACGCAGCGCGCCCUGUCGAUGCUGUGGGUGGUGUGCAGGAUGGUGCCCGAGGAGUCCGCGCCCGCCGCCCUGGACGUCGGGCUGGCCGCCAAGCUUCUGCUGGUGAUCCAAAGCGGGUGCGGGCCGGAGCUGAAGCAGCAAGCCUCGGAGCUGCUCAAGCUUUGCACCGUGCAUUGCACGUCCACCGUCUUCCUCGCGAAAUGCAAGCUCACCAAGACAAUUCAGUGA